AAAAUGUUUGUUUAUUUACAAAUACCGCCCUCUAUUGACAACGCCAAUCGCGCGAGUUUUUGUAACACAUUUUUGGGUUUCUUUCGCUCAAGGCUGGGUUGAAAAGCCUCCAGUCAGUCAUGUCUUGGGACGAUGUAGAAGCAGACAUCGGAGGGGAGGAAACAGCUAACUUUGGACCUCGUCAAGAGUCAGGAACUUCCCUCUUCCAGGUUGACACCCUAGCCACCAUCUCACCCAGAGGAGAAGUAUUUCACAACCCGGAUGUCUAUGCAACGAGUGCCCCUGAAGGAUUCUGCGUUGCUGCUGGCUGUCAGGUCUCGCUGUUUGAUGAAGUAUGCCAGAAGUUCAUCAGUACACUGAGCUUUGAAUCUGAUGUGGACGUAGUGGCUUGGAGUCAGGAUUCACUCUUCCUUGUAGUUGCAGAGAGAAGUGGUUCCAUCCACUUUGUGGAUGUAGAGCUCAAACAAAUUCUCUUCUCAAAGGUGCUGAAAUCUAGAACAGAAAUGGACAGCACUAAAUGUUUUCUUCAAGUGGUGUUCUCACCGAGUCAAAUUCCAGCUGCGCAUGAUCUUCUCAUCCUGUCCUCUGAUGGUCAACUCAUCCGAUUUUCAAACAUCAAUCUGGAGAAAUUGAAUGAAGCAAUAGAAGCAAGAGAUUUGCAGUUAGCAAAAGAGCUGCAAGCGAGUAUUUGCAUGGAGAGCCUGGAUACCAGUGAGGUCCAUACUGAGGGUGUCUGCUUCUUCACAACAGCAACUUGCAUGAAAAAGAAUCUCAUCAUCACAUGUGGUUAUGGAGAGGCCAGCGUUGCUGUAUGGUCACAAACUAAUAAGACAACAGAGCUAGUCAGGCAGAUUGACACAAGCUUCUUCGAUGGUGGAGGAGUUGUUAAGUGCCGAGUAAGUGGAGACAACCGAUUUCUGUUCCUUCUUGAUGACAGUUAUACACUGAGUGCUUGGGAUUUGCAGUCACUUCUAAUGGUAGCCUUUUGGCCAGAUGUUCAAGUGCAAGACUUUCUCCUGGUCAACGUCAACUCAGUCAACACUAGCGACAAGAACAGUACGUCAAAGUCUGAGCAACGAGCCCAGUUCCAGUUAGUAGUCUUGACUAGACCCAACCCAGACUGCUACUUGAAGGUGUUCACUUUGCCUGGGUUUCAAUGCACCUACACACUGACUGUAUGUGGUUUCUCUACACUGGCUGAAGUUCUACCCAACCAGGAGACCAUUUUCCUGAUAGAAGGUGCCUAUGAUGAUGAUGAAGUACCCAGUGAGGUGAUCUCUACUCUACGAGUCCGCUGUCUGACGGAAGCGCUUCCUGAGACCAGAUUCCAUCGUCUCCUUCACAAGCAGAAGUUUGAAGAGGCUCAGAACUUUGCGCAGCUCUUCAAACUGGAUGAAGAGUUGGUGUUCAAAGUCAAAGCCGGUACACUUCUAGAGAAGUCGUCUCCCUGGACUGUAUCCCUACAUCAAGACCCUGACGCAGCGUCACUGACUACACAGCUGAUUGAAUGUCUAGAUCAUAUCCAAGAUGAGACAUUUGUGACAGAGAAAUGUAUCCAAGCUACCCAACCAACCUUUGAGGAAAUGUUCGAGCUAGUCAGCUACGCUCGUAAGAGGCUUUUGAAGCAGAUUUCCUCCGAACCAGCAACCAUUGAAACUGAGAAUCAGGCGGUUUCUAAACUGAUGACAAGGGUCUUGGAAGUACUUCAUCGGCUAGGAACAUAUCAAAUGGUUUUUGGAUACCAGAGUUUCAGUGGCAGGCAUUGGGAUCAAUUUCUUCAUGCUGACAUGCUUCAGGAAUUACUCCAUUGGUUAUCCAUGGGACAUAUAGCUAAGGCAGUAGUCGUCUGGCGAAGACACAAGGCAAACAUUGAAAGUAACUUCACAUCUGGUGGUGAAGAGAAUCUGGAAUCGAUUCUGACCUCUAUACCUGAGAGUACACCCUCAUCUGAGAUCAUACCUUGGCUUAGAGAAGACCUCGUCCCAUUUGUCAUCCAUAGGUUUCCUGUUGGCAAGAAAUUUCUUGCAUGCUGGAUGGAAGAAAGAGCCAGAAAUAUGGAGAUAUCAGAAAAGAUGAGCUGGCCUGGUAACUCUCUGGAGUUUGCUAAUCUCUUCUUCAAUGCAAGCCAGCAUAAGUCAUCUUCAGCAUGUGGUCGACAGCUUGCUACUCCAGCACAAUUCUCUACAGAGGUGUGCAACCUCUCUGCGGGUAACUCCAAGAAACUCACUGAGGAUGAUCUUGAUGAGAAAGAGGUGAUCAAUGCAGAGUUUGACUGUACAGAGGCUGUGUGUAAACUACAGGACUUGAUUAAACAUCUGAAGGAGCUAUUGAGACUACAUACAAAGUAUCAAUGCAAACUAUCACUGGCGGACUACUCACAGGAGACAACCAGCACCUUGGUGUUCCGGAUGCUUGAUCGCGUCGCAGCUCCGGAACUAAUUCCUGGCACGAUAGCAAAGCUGGUCCAACCUUACAUUCAAGAACACAACCUGAAUGGAGAUAAGUUACUGCUGCAUUAUAUACAGGACCUGCUGAAAAGCUACGCCCAGGGUCGGAGUGUCACCUACGUGUAUGAAGCUUUCUGGGAAGCUAAAACCAUUGCAAUCAUCCACUGCAUCAAAGAUAUCGAGUGUAAAUGUCUAGCAAUCUACUCUCUGAUGAUCAGUGCCUCAAUGCCAUGGAAUGACAAGAUGGAACAACUCGUACAUCAAGGACUCAGCCUCAAGCAUCCAAAAGUUGAAGAGCUACGUGGCAAGUACAAGUUGGUUCAACUUAAAAAAAUGCUGGCUAAAUAUGACCUUCGACAUGACAACGUACGCAAGGAUAAUGCCUGGAUGGUGAUUAAGAACAUCCUCGUUAGUGACGGCUGUGAUUGUCUUGGGGAUGCUCUUCAAGUUGCUAAGACCUACAAUCAUUUAUCCACAAUAGAUGUCUCCAUUUUUAGGCUUAGGUUUCUCAUUCAACAUGACAGGAUUCAGGAUUGCAUUGAGCUACUGUCAUCAAUGAACCCCUCAGAAGCAAUGGAAUGUGCCAGAAGGAUCGUGACCUGGUCAGAGGUCCUUCUCAAUGAACCAACGCAAAACAUUCUGGACCAAGAGGACAAGAAUGAGAUAAUACUUAUCACCAAGGGCAUUGUCAGUAUCCUUAAGUUCCUUCUGAGCAGGAUAACGGAACCAUUAGAAGUCAGGCACCUGCAAGAUCUACAGAAGGAUCUCAAAUGCAUGCUGUCAUUACAGGUUGAGUACGAUGAGUUUCUACCCUUAGAGGAUUUCCGCACAGCAAACAUCAGGAAGGCUGUGUUAACCAAACAUCUGACUGCAUUCUACCUCAAGAAAUCUGUAGCUAGAGACAGUAAUAUGGAUGAUAAACAGAAAGAGACAAUGUGCCAAGGUGAGAAGAAGAGAAAAGAAUCACCUGAGAAAGAUUUCACCAAAAUAUCCAGUCUGGCUCGGAUACUUGGUACAUCUCAUGAGGAUCUUAAGUGUCAACUUGCCAUAAAAGCAGCCCAGACUGGCCAGAUCAAGACAGCUCUGAAAAUAUGCAAGGAGCUUUCUGAGUACACCUGCAACCCAACCAUCUCAGAGACGAUCUAUAGAGUAACUCAUACAGUAUGUGAAUUAUGGUCUUCAUCACACCCUAGCAUUAUGAACAACACUACCUCUGGUGAUGAGCCUAGCUUAUCUAGAGAGCUCUACCAGCUAGCCUGUAAGGCACUCACACACUGCCAUCAAAAUAUGUUAUGUGACUGUUCAGAGUUGUGCAAACUCGUACGUUUGACUGAUUCAGUUUAUCAUCAGUGUGAGAGUGGGGACUAUGGAGUCUCAGUACAGACGCUAAGCAGCUUAGAGACAAAGCGUGACCCAUAUGUAGACUGGACUUUCAGCCAUUACUUCAAGGAAGACACCCUGGUACUGACCUCAUCUUAUGCUCUACCUACAACCUGCAAGUUCAUGAUGUCAUGUUUGCCUAGAGCCAGAUCUACGAGCCUUCCUCUGGAGAAUAACAGAAUGGCUGGAAGGACUGCUGUGGACUUACAAGACGUAUUGAAUCCAGAGAAUCUGAGCCAGUAUCUACAACACUUGACUUCUGCAUCCCUUGAAUUGAUUCAAUGUCUGCAAGAGAACAACCAAUAUGAGAUGGCAUUCCAUGUACUAGCUGAGACUCUAGCCACCAGUCUGCAAUACACUGCAGCCAACACAAUGGGGAAUGUACUACCAGAUAAUGAGGAAUAUCAAGCUCUGAUCAGAAAAGAACAAGAGAGAUGCACUCAGAUUGCCAAGAUGGGAAACCAGAAGAUGAGAGAGUUCACUGCUACACUCAUGGAUAAGGUAUUUGGAAGUCGCCGUGUAGACCACCAUCUAGCGCUCAGCUUUGCCUGUGUACUGCCUAAGCCCAGUGCUCUGGAGAAACUCAAGAGCCUGACUGCCAGUGCUGGCCACCACUAUCAAAAAGUCCUGGCGAUUGCCAAAGUUGGAUGUGAACUGGGGCGACUCCACAAGGAACCCAUGGUAGAACAGAUGUGUCAGAAACUAGAGACAGACGCUACAUGGGGCCAUCGCUUAGGUAAACUCAAGAUUUCCUUCAAGGAAGUCUUCAAUGCCCAGGACACUCAGCAUAAGAGGAUGCUACUACCACAGAUAGUCAAACACCCAGAGACUGAUAUCAACUUGAUCAAAAAUUACUGCAGUGCGUUCAAGCUAGAGGAGGAUGAAGCCCUCUUGAUGUACCUAGAGAGGCUUCUCCUACCCCCAAUCACACCCAGUGAUAUACUUCCUAAUAUUGCGUUCAAUCUAGAGGAGGAUGAAGCCCUCUUGAUGUACCUAGAGAGGCUUCUCCUACCCCCAGUCACACCCAGUGAUAUACCUCCUAAUAUCGCAUUCAAGCUAGAGGAGGAUGAAGCCCUCUUGAUGUACCUAGAGAGGCUUCUCCUACCCCCAGUCACACCCAGUGAUAUACCUCCUAAUAUUGCGUUCAAUCUAGAGGAGGAUGAAGCCCUCUUGAUGUACCUAGAGAGGCUUCUCCUACCCCCAGUCGCACCCAGUGAUAUACCUCCUGAUGUGGACCAAGCCAAAGUACUCAGUAUCAUCAGAGAGGUUGGCAAUAAGGACUCGCUGGUCGCCGGACUCAACACAAUCCUGGAUAAGGUUAAUUCUUAUGACUACAUUCGACUGAACUUUGUCUUGAAAUGCAUCAAAGAUGAGAACCCUGGUGACCAACUGGCUGAUGUUGGAUUUCAGUUAAUGGAAUAUCUCGCUCACUACACAAGAGUCACUGGACCAUCUGAGUAUGAGAUUAUGUUCAACUGCACCUCAGAUGAGCAACAGUUACUUGGAAGUAGUGUUCCCCUCUCACCGCUGUCAAAGGAGAAGUUGCCGUAUCAUCCACUUAUGAAAGGAGGACAGUGGAAGAUCUUAGCUUGUGAGUUGAAUGAGGACACAGUACACCAGCUUCUCCCAGUUGCUAAACUCUUAAAACUCCCCACAGACCAUCUCUUUGUAACUACCAUCAACAACCUGAUGAAACGCUCAGGCUCAGAUGCCACACCCCCUGACAGACCCAGUGGGGCAGGGGGUGACAGACAGGGAAGCAGCAUGGACAAGAAAAGCCUGGAGGUCGUCCAGAGCCUCUUGCUCAGUAUCUCCAGUCCUGAGAUGGCUGUGGCUACUGCUAGAGUGGUCGUCAAGGAGUUGCCCAUGGGACCACUCAAAGUCAUGGCCCUGGAAAUUUGUGUUCUCCUGGCACGUCUAUGGAAGGAAAAAUGCCCUGAAAAUAGUGCCGAGAAGCAGAAGGCUGAGUUGACCCAUCAGAAGCUGUCCCAUGUCUGCCGUUGUCUAGCCACUGAGCAGGUACUUCAUAAGUACCAGCUUGAAGACCCUGAGUUACUGAAGCUAGUGGACCAGCCAGCUAAGCUAACAUUUAAAUUGUAUGAACAUGAGAGCAUCGAGAGGAGGAUUGUUUCAAUGGAUGAUGGAGGGAUGCCGGAUAUCCAUGAAGCUGCCUUUGCCAUUGCUGAGGUGAACAACUGUAACAUCCAGAAGAUUCGUCUGUAUCUAGUAGAGAAAUGGCUACCUUCAACAUCCAGCAACAAGCAGGCUGCUGAGGACACGACGGUAGAUCUGUCCAGUCUGUCGUUCCUAGCCCCCAAAGAAGACAAGCUAGCUGAAGAAGAAAGGAGCUUAGCCAGGGUGAAAUUUCUCCUUCAGUUCAAUGACUUCAAGGGUAGUGCUCUCUUUCUCCUUAACUUUGCUUACAAGCAAGCAUCCAGUAAGAUCAGCAAUGCUUGUCGAGUGCGUGCUUUACGUUGUCUCUUCAGUCUACUCAACACCAAGCUGAUUGAAAUGGUAGCUGAAAAACCAGUGGAUAGUAUUCGAGAGUUUAUGCAGAGUCUGAUCUUCCUAAUGGAGUUUGAAUCUUUGAAUACGUCCAUGGAUCUUAGCGUCUUUACUACGUCUAACAAGCAGGGUUUGGUACGAGGCUUAUGGAAACAUUAUAAUCAUGAACCAAGGGCUGUGCGACUGAUUGCUGAUCUAUGUCUUGACUACAGUGUUCAUGAUCCGAGGCUCUGGAAUAGUGUCUUACAACAACUGCUCAAAUUUGGCAUGUUGGAUUACCUGCGGCAUGUGCUGGUAUCACUAGCUGAGAUACCAGAGCUAUGGCAGUUACAAUGCCUGCCUAGAGUCUGGAAGAGUGUGCUUCUCGCUCCAUUCACAACAGUUUGUCCCCCUCUAUCUGAGGAGCAAGAGGAAGCAUGCAGAGAGUCAGCAGCUCUCUUACAAAGGUGUCCCAUAAUACAUGAUCUAGAUAUGAUGGAACCAUGCAGGCAGUUUAUGAAGGUAGAGAUGUAUGCCUUUGCUGUAGGAUGUCUCAUGUAUAUAACUGACACACAGCACAGAGACAAACAGAUCGAGGCGCUGUUAAGUGGAAAUCGCCACCUUGCAAUACUAGAUGAAAUAGCAAGCAUCCAAAAACAGAAGAAACUUCUCACAGCCGCAGAGAGAAUUAAGGCAACUGUAUUCCAUUAUAUAAAGCAGAAGGGUAGCUAUGACACUGUGUUAGCCACCCCACACUUCCCUGAACUAAUCAACUACCUAGUGACUGAAGACAGCAUAGAGGACCUGCUUAGGAAAACGCUCAUCGCAAAGAGAUUCAGUGAUGCAGCUCGUCUGGUGAAGGUAUACUACAGUCACAAUCCUGGCUCCCCAAGUGCUCUGGCUACUGGCUCUGCUCCUACAUCUGACAUGCUGCAGCUCAGGGCAUACAUGGAGCAUCAUGAUAUGAGUGAUUUGAUGCCAGCCUUAUCCCAAUCACACUGCAAUGGGGAUGCAACGUUGUGAAGAUGACAUCCAAGCAAGGACUCUCUGGACUUUCUCUUAAACCUCUUUAAAAAGGCACUGGACACUAUUGGUAAAUUACUCAAAAUAAUUAUUGGCAUAAAACCUUACUUGGU